GACUGCGGACACAGUACAGGAGAUGACCAGAGACUGCGGACACAGUACAGGAGAUGACCAGAGACUGCGGACACAGUACAGGAGAUGGACCAGAGACUGCGGACACAGUACAGGAGAUGGACCAGAGACUGCGGACACAGUACAGGAGAUGGACCAGAGACUGCGGACACAGUACAGGAGAUGGACCAGGGACUGCGGACACAGCACAGGAGAUGGACCAGAGAAUGCGGACACAGUACAGAAGAAGACCAGAGAAUGCGGACAACAGUACAGGGAAUGACCAGAGACUGCAGACAGUACAGGGAAUGACCAGAGACUGCAGACAGUACAGGGAAUGACCAGAGACUGCAGACAGUACAGGGAAUGACCAGAGACUGCAGACAGUACAGGGAAUGACCAGAGACUGCAGACAGUACAGGGAAUGACCAGAGACUGCAGACAGUACAGGGAAUGACCAGAGACUGCAGACAGUACAGGGAAUGACCA